CGCAGUCAAAAACGGUCGGCGAUUUUCCCUUCAUGGCUCUACUCUCACCGCGGGUGACCAGAACUCGCCCUCCGUCUCGCAGCGCAAGCGCGACUUCGCCUCGAAGGCCGCGGUCAAAAACUACAAAGAAAAAGCUAGGAAUCAAUUUCAUCACUAAGUUGAGUUUGUGUAGUUGUCAUCUUUGCUGCGCUUCGUAGUAACUAACUAAGCAUGAGGAACGCGAGAUCUCACCAUCGUCAUCAACACCACCACCACCAUCAAAAGUACGGCCAGCAAGCAUCUUUUCCUGCUGGAAGUUCGGGGGACCCAGGGAACCGGAACAAGCGGCUCCCCAGUUUCAUACCUGAUAACUUCAGCUCGCUCGAUCAGGUAAUUUCGGCAUUAAGGGAAUCUGGCCUUGAGUCAUCGAAUUUAAUUCUUGGGAUUGACUUUACCAAAAGCAAUGAAUGGUCAGGCAGGUACUCAUUUAAUAGGAGGUCUCUCCAUGCUAUUGGUGACACACCUAACCCCUAUGAGCAAGCAAUUUCAAUUAUUGGGCGUACACUGUCUCCUUUUGACGAGGAUAAUAUGAUACCGUGUUUUGGAUUUGGAGAUUCCUCUACACGUGAUCAAUACGCCUUCAGCUUUUUUGCUGAUCAUCGCCCUUGUCAUGGUUUUGAGGAGGUUCUUUCACGAUAUAAAGAGAUUGUUCCACAUCUGCAUCUUUCAGGUCCUACUUCAUUUGCUCCAGUAAUUAAUGCUUCUAUUGAUAUUGUUGCGAGGAGUAAUGGACAAUACCAUGUCCUUGUCAUUAUUGCUGAUGGACAGGUCACAAGGAAUCCAGACGUACCACGCGGAAGUCUGAGUCCACAAGAGCAUGCAACCGUAGAUGCUAUAGUUUGUGCCAGCUAUUAUCCUCUUUCAAUCAUUAUGCUUGGUGUGGGUGAUGGACCAUGGGACGCAAUGCAGCAGUUUGAUGAUUGCAUUCCUCAACGGGAGUUUGAUAACUUUCAGUUUGUGAACUUCACCAAGGUCAUGUCUUCAAAUAUGGAUGUGAAGAAAAAGGAGGCAGCUUUUGCACUUGCUGCUCUCAUGGAGAUUCCCUUCCAGUAUAGGGCCACCCAAGGCCUUCGACCUAUGGAAAAGCAAAGGGAAAUAGCAAGUGCACCAAAGGUUCUUCCUCCUCCACGAGAAGUAAUUGAACGAGAUAAUCAAGCAGCAAUAUCACAUCCUCCGGCAUCAAGUUCUGAAUCAGCAGAGUAUAGUAUUCCCACAGAACAGGCCUGCCCUAUUUGCUUAACAAAUCCACGGAAUAUGGCAUUUGGAUGUGGUCAUUUGACCUGCAAGGAUUGCGGCCCAACACUCUCAACAUGCCCCAUGUGUCGAGCUCCCAUAACGACACGUGUGAGGUUGUUCUCUUAGACGAGAUGGCUCACGCAGCACCAACAGAGAGCUGCUGGUUUCCUACUGCAGGAGCACAUCUAUCGAACAGUGUAUUCUCUUCUUCUCCACAACCACCCAGCUCACUCCCUCUUAUUCUGGAGCAAAAAGGCACUGCUUGAUGAUAUACCGUCUAUAAGAGUUGUAGAUAACAGCAAAAAACUUGCUUAAGUAGCUGCUGGCUCGGAGCUAUGUGGUUCGAUAAGCCCUUCUAAUUGGUGUGAGCAUGUAGCCUAAAAGCAUUGCAUUUGGUUAGCAAAAGUUUGAUAAAUUCUGUACAUGAAGUUAAUAAGCCUCCCUCUGUAACUAUGUUGAAAUAAGGUGAGCUUCCCAAGUUAUUUGUUUAUCGUCUUUCUUGAAAAAGAAAAUGCCAUCGUAUAUGUAUACAAAUACAAGUUUGUUGUCAGUUUGUGUGUAAUUUUUGCCUGUGACCCAUCUGUAUUAACUAUUUGCUAGCAUCUAUCAUAAGCUUUUUUUUUUGUUUUCGA